AUGACAAACAUUAUACCAAAUAAUAAUAAUAAUAAUAAUAAUAAUAAUAAUAAUAAUAAUAAUAAUAAUAAUAAUAAUAAUAAUAAUAAUAAUAAUAAUAAUAAUAAUAAUAAUAAUAAUAAUAAUCCUAUAAUACCAAAUUCAACAAAUGAAAUUACAGUAUUACCAACACAAUUGGAUGAAUUUAUUGAAGAACAAUUACAUCCACAUUCACAUCAACAAGUACAACAAGUACAACAAACCCAACAACCUCAACAAAAUAAUUUAAAUAAUGUAGUUUUACAAUCACCAACAAUUAAAACUAGUUAUGGAUUAAUUCCACCACCAAUGUCACCAAUUAAAAAUAGUACAGGAUUAUCAGCAGUAUCACAUGGAGUAUUAAAUUCAUCUACAUCAUCAACAUCAUCAUUAGUUUCAAGUCCAGUUAAUAAUUCAGUUAUAAUCAAUAAGAGUAAUAGUGGUAUUCAAAAAUCAUCAAUUAUUAAUCAAUCUACAGGACCACCUCAACCACUAUCACCACCACCACCACAAUCAUUACAACCAACAUUAUCACCAAUUUUAAAGGAUAUAAUUAGAGAAAGUGAAUUAGCAGAAGAAGAAGAAUUUAAACAAAUUGGUUCAUCGAUUUUAACAUCAUCAACAAGUAAUUUUCAUGAUGUUGACCUUUCAAAAAAUACAAAAGAUACGAAAUCAUUAUUAAAGAAAGAAGUUUUAUCACCAAUUAAUUCAAGUAGUAGUAAUAUUCCAAUGGUAGGGGGUGGUGGUGGUAGAAAUUCAUUAAAACAAUCAUCAGCAAAUGUACCAUUUUCUCUAUUGAAACAAUCAUCUAAUUCAGCUAUUUCAAAAUCAAAUGCAAGUGAUUAUCUUAGAAUCAGUUCAGUGGCAUCUUAUUUUGUAAAUCCAUUAAAAUAUUCAGUUUGUUCAGAAGGUCAUAUGGUUUUAGAUGCAUCACAAGAUAUUUAUCCACCACCAAAAACCACAAUUGAUGAAGAGUCAAUGGGUGGCGGAGGUAAUGGUAUUCCAUUGGAAGAUUUUGGUAAUGGUGGUAAAGAAGAAAAACAUUUCGAUGAUAAAAUUGGUGGAUUUAUAUUAGAUGGUGCAACAACAACAACAGCAGAUUUCGAAUCGGAUGAAGUUGGAGUUGAAGCAGGUAAUGAUAUUAAAGUAAUAAAAAGUAAACGACAACAAGUUGCAAGACAACUUUUAAAUAAUAAGGGUUUAAUACUAUUGGUAUUUGCUGCAUUCUUAUUUUCAUUUAUGGCAUAUUUGGUGAAACUUAUCUCAAAAGAAUUUGAUUCACUAGAGAUUGCAUUCAUGCGUUCUUUCUAUGGUUUAAUUGGUUGUAUCAUUAUUUUAUUCUCAUUACGUGAGAAUCCAUUGGGUCCAAAAAAUGUUCGUUGGUUUUUAGCAGCUCGUGGUUUAUCUGGUGCCAUUUCAUUAUGUGCCUAUUUUUACACUCUUACCGUGCUACCAUUGUCAGAGGCUGUAAUCAUUAGUUUUACAAGUCCUGUUAUUACUGCAGCCUUGGCAGCUGUUGUACUUAAAGAGAAAUGGGGUGGAAUCGAGGCAAUUUGUGCAUUUUUAAGUUUAUGUGGUGUUGUGGUAGUCUCCAAACCAUCAUUCUUAUUCCAUCACCAUACCGAUGGUUCCACCACUGAAAAUGGUGAAGACAGUGGCAAGCUAUUAUAUGUAUUGAUUGGUGUUGGUGGUGCUUUCUUUACAGCAGUUUCCUAUAUUGCAGUUAGAAAAGUUGGUCCAUCUGUUAACCCCUUUGUUUUGGUUAUUUAUUUCAGUGCUGUUUCCUCUGCCCUUUGUUUACCUUCUUCUUUUGCUUUUCAAACAUUUGUUUGGCCAUCACUUAAAGCUUGGGGUUAUAUCACAUUGAUUGGUGUUGUAGCUACCAUUGCUCAGGGUGCUGUAAAUGCUGGUAUUCAAUUAUCGAAAAAAACUUCAACUGCCGCUGCUAUGAAUUACCUUCAAAUAAUUUUCACUUUUAUUUGGCAAAUUACUUUAAUGCAUCAACCUCUCGAUUGGAUUACAAUUUUAGGUGCACUUUUAAUUUUAUGUUGUGCUGGAAUUACUGCUUUUAAAAAAUAA